AUGUCACCCACCAGCCUCCUGUGUCUAAAAAAUAAACGUCAGACUGUAGCUGUCUUCUCAGGUGGAACAGAGAUCACCAGGAGGAGAGCACACUUGUAUAAACAGCUCCUCCUCUAUCAGAGCAAUGAAGAUAAAAAGAGGCCUGAACCAGCAGCCUUCACUACAGGCAAGAGUAGUGUGUCCACUGUGACCUGGACAACUCUCUUCUUCAUGCUCCACCAUUAUUGCACAGCCUAUACUGACUCAGCGCCCUCCCUCGCUGCAUUGCCUGGAGCAUCAGCCACACUCACCUGCACCCUGAGCAGUGGCUUCAGUGUUAGUGACUGCAAUGUACUGCUUCCAGCAGAGGCCAGGGAGUCCUCCCAGGUUUCUCCUGAGAUACUCAUCAAACUCUACAAAAAUGUCAGCCAUACUGUGGGAGUUGAGGUUCGCCUAGAGAUGAGAGACUAUGAGGAAGAGGUUCUCUCAGGGGCAGAUGCUGUCACAGCUGCAGGAGGUGAUGGUACAAUGCUUCUGCUAAUCACCACUGUCGUGGCCAGUCACUUGCAAGGGAUCCAGCAGCUAAUGCAGGUUGAGAAGCAGGCCGUUAAGAAGGUGUCAGAGGCCUGCAGCCAAAAGAACCAGAGGCUGAAGCAGGCCAAAGUGGCAGUUCGGGUUGAAAUUGAAUAGUGCCACCUGCAGAGGGAUAAAGAGUUCAAGGCCAAGGAAGCUGUGGCACUGGGAUCCCAAGGCAGCUGCAGCACAGAAGUGGAGGAGACCCAGGAUAAAACGACCAUCCUCCAGACCUACUUUCAGCAGAACAGGGAAGAGGGCAUGGAUAACUUCUUGGCCUUUGUCUGCGACAACCAGCCAGAAAUCCAUGAAAACUACGGCAUAAACAGAUAG